UACGCCAUCAAUGAUUAUAAAACAUUUUCACAAGUUGAACCAUAUUUCACAAAUUCUUCUAUCUGAAAUGUCAGGGUUGAAGCUACAUGGAGCAUGGGCUAGUCCUUUUGCUUUCAGGGUGAAAUGGGCUCUGAAACUAAAAGGCAUACCAUUUGAAUACAUAGAAGAAGACCUCUAUAACAAGAGCAAGAUGCUUUUGCACUACAACCCAAUUCACAAGAAAGUCCCGGUUCUUGUUCAUGGUGGAAAACCCAUCUGUGAAUCCAUGCUCAUCAUUGAAUACAUUGAAGAGACAUGGCCACAAAACCCCUUGCUUCCAAACGAUCCUUAUGAGAAAGCUCUGGCUCGGUUUUGGGUGAAAUUCGCAGAUGAUAAGGGUCCUGCAGUUUUUAAAGUGUAUAAAAGUAGAGGUGAAGAACUAGAGAAGGCUAAGCAGGAGAGCUUGGAGAUGCUGAGGACCGUAGAGAAACAUGGUCUUGGAGACAAAAAGUUUUUUGGAGGAGAAAAAAUUGGAAUAGUGGAUAUAGCAUUUGGUUGGAUGGUUCAGUGGCUCGGAGCUAUCGAAGAGGUAGGCGGUGUCAAGCUGCUUGAAAGCGAUGAAUUUCCUCGAUUGCAUGCUUGGAUUAAUAACUUCAAGGAAGUCCAUGUUAUCAAAGAAAAUCUGCCUGAUCAUCAUGAUUUGGUGGCCCAGCUUAAGGUUUUGAGGGAAAUGUUGCUAGGACAAUCUUCUUCAUGAAUUAGAGGAAUAUGUAAGCAGUUUUCUGUGUGUGCUUUUUCUCAUUUAGCUUAUGUUUAUGAUUUGGUGAUUCUAAAAUCAAAUCUCAUUCCAUAUCGUUAAAAUAAAAUCAUAUUGGAAAAAAAAAAAGUUUGAUUUUGUGCUAUUUUAAAUUAAUAUCUCGUUUAGUUUAUGUUCAUGAUGGUGAUGAAGUUCAAAUCCUAUUCCAUAUAUAUAAGAAAUAUAU